UUUCUCCAUACUCCCAAUUCUCUGCUCUUUCUCUUUCUCUUUCUCUUUCUCUCUCUUCCGACCAAGAACCAAUUUAGGGUUUUUGUGUUUGCUUCAGGCAAGCUUCAACAAUCUUCAAUGGCGGACGAUGAUUACAAUGACAUUGAUAUGGGGUACGAGGAAGAGCCCCCAGAGCCUGAAAUUGAGGAAGGGGAGGAAGAAGAGACUUUACAGCCAGAUGAUGACUUGAAUGAUCCUCUUAUAGAAGGUGAAGACAGAGAAGGGGAGGCAAAAGAGAAGCAGCAGAGGAAGACAUCUAAAUACAUGACAAAAUAUGAGCGAGCUAGAAUUCUAGGGACACGUGCACUUCAGAUCAGUAUGAAUGCCCCGGUCAUGGUUGAAUUGGAAGGUGAAACUGACCCACUCGAGAUUGCUAUGAAGGAACUACGACAACGCAAGAUACCAUUUACUAUUCGUCGUUACUUGCCUGAUGGAAGUUAUGAAGACUGGGGAGUGGAUGAAUUAAUUGUCGAAGAUUCUUGGAAGAGGCAGGUGGGAGGUGACUGAUGAGAGCAGAGCUACUCUUGAAGUCAUUGCUGUGCGGGUAAUAUUAGCUCUGAGAUGACUUGUGGAUAUAUGGAAUUAAAAACAUCAGUCAUGGAAUGCUAUUGUGAAUAUUUUGUUAACUUAAGAUGAUCAAUGUAAUAGCUGUGGAUUUAUUAGCUUAAUAAUUUACUGCUGCCAUCAACGUGUUUGGGUCUGAUAUCAGAUCAUCGAUCCUUGCGAUCAAUUUGAGUGCAAGGGGACAGUUUGAUGACUGGAUUCUAUGGUGCUUAUCUAAGUGCUCAAGCUACCAAAGAAUUGGAGUCUGAGUGAACCUGCAAUCAUAUCAUAUAUUCACAUGGACAGUUCGUUCUUGUUUAUUGAUUUUGAGAUGCAAAUAUAUUUUCGUUAGAAUGUCAAGGUAGCUUGAUAAUGAAAGCAGUAAAUAUGUAGCA